UGAUAACUGCUGUGACAGUAUUUAUCUAUGCGUCUUGAGCUGUAAUAGUUGCUCAUGUCGACACGUCGUAUUUUGAAGGCUUUACUUUGAACUCGUUAAAUUACAUCGUUUCUUGUUAUUUUUUACAAUAAAAACUUUAUUAAAAAAUUUAUUUGUCGACGGUCUUAUGACUGGCAAUUGAACUAUCCGUGAAAUGGCUAUACCAAAUAUUUCUGAUGUGCCCAAUACACUAACAAUAUUAGAAGAUGAUUAUCUCUCUCAAUUUGUAACAGUUAAUACUGAAAAUAAAUGUAAGAACAUUGUUGUACAGCUUACUGCAGAAGAGCAGUUGAAAAAAUUGAAUAAAGGAUUAGAAUAUGUAGACCAACUUAUAUGUGAUCAGACUUAUGAUAAUCAUGAAGAAUUAUUUAAUCAAGUGACAUGGACUGAAAAUUUAGAAUCUAUCAUAAAUGAAAUAUCAUCACAAAUCCAGAAUUUGCAAUCAUCAAUUGAACUACUAAAAUGUAAAAUUGUAGAUUUAUUUGUUAAAGUUCAAACUCAAGUUAUCAUACUCAAUAGGUUACAUGCCAUUUGUGAUUUGUUAAGAAAAAUUAUGAGAACUCAAAGUCUGACAUUGCAAGCACUAGACAAAGAAAAUGUUAUGUCACCUCAUUCAAUGUUAGAAAUUAAAGAAUUAAUUGAAGAUAAAGAUUUGAAAGAAAUAACAUUUUUAAGCAAAGAUUUGAUUAAAUUAAGUAAUUUUUGUGAAAAAAAAAGUAUUAUAUUGAAAUGACACAAAUUUGUUAUCAUACAUUUAUAUAUUUUAUGGUUGAUCUUAGUUCUUAUGGUUAAUUUAAAUAUGUAUUAUAAUUUCUAAUAUGUUAUGUAGAAUUAUGUAGUUAUUUCUUUUACGUUUUCUAUUUCCAGAAUACAUAAUGUAUAUUAUAUUAUAUUAUAAUUAUAAUAUUUAUUAAAGUGUAGUUUAUCAGUAUGUUGAAUAAU